AAAGAUUUUCAUAUGAGAGAAUCUAACUUUUGUUCACCGUCUCAAAAUAAAGCGUCUAUAGGGAUUACAUCAGCUCUUUAUGAUAGACGGGCACUUGACUGCACAGCAGUCUUACCUUUAGUUAAUUCUUUGUCACAUCUAUCAUUUCUUACAUCAACAUCAUCACGUAUUAGAGAGAUUUUGACAGAAGAUGAAGGACUAGAACGACUGGUUCGUAUUCUUAAGGAAGGUUGUCGAAAGAAUCGUUUAGAUAUGUGGAAAUGGCAGCUUGCAUUUCAAUGUGUGGUAAAUGUAGGUAUUCGAGGAUCAGAACGAGUUCGUACCCGAGUAGUAGAAGCAGAAAUGGUACCAGUAAUAGUAACUAUACUAGAGGGGUUUCUAGAAAGACUAGAAAGAGAUCAGGAGAUACAGUCAGGAGGAGAAAUAAGGAGGAUGAGGUAUCCGUUUUUAACUCAAAUGAUUGGAUAUAGUAUAACGGAACCUAUGACGGAACAAAUUGGAAGAAUAGGGUGGAGAAGAUGGGAAAUGACAGAAGAUAAUAGGGGGGUUGAAAGGGAUAAUAGAAGAUUUGAAAGAGGAACAAUAGAAAGUUCAAGAAAUUUAUCUACAGAAGAAACAUUAUCAGUUCUUCAGCUUGAAGAGUCGGUGAGAGACACUAUAUCAUCGUUUUCAUCAAUGAAUGAGUUUGUGAGGGGGCCAUUUCUUAGUCAGACAUAUCAGAUUGGAAAUUCGAUUGAAUCGGACGAUGGUAAUUCCGACGAUGUAUCAAGUCGUGAAAGAAUUAGAUUAAAUGAAGGAAUUCAGAGAGAUGUUUUUGAAACAGCGAUAGAACAUAUAGAAGAGAGUGAACAAACAGGAGAUGCUAUGGAAGAAGAUAAUGCACUUAUAUCAGAUGUAUAUCCUAUUCAUUUAACAGAACAAAUGCCAGAAAAUGGAAUGCAAUUAUCGAAUGAAAGAAGUUCGGAAUUGACAAUGCAAGAAUCCGUACAGCAGCCUUUAUUUUUUGAUUCAAGACAUUUUUUCUUCAGGAAUGAAGAUAAUGUUGUUUUUUGUUUACAGCUAUUGGCAUAUAUAUCAAAAUAUCCUCAACUUAGAUCAUAUUUUCAAAAUUCUCAUGACAUCCCGAGACUUCGUUAUGGUAAUACAGGAGAAAUUGAUGAAGAAAAAGUAACACCAAUCAAUGUAUUUGCCUUAGUCGAAAGAUUUACCUUACGCAUUCAUCCGAUUGAAGUACAAUAUUGGGCAGGCGUUAUUAUGAGAAAUGCUUGUCGAAAAGAUGAAUCAAGAGGUGGUAUUCGUCAAUGUGCAUAUAUAGAUUGUGGAAGAUGGGAAACAUUUAAUAGACAAUUUGCAAAAUGUAGAAGAUGCAGAAGAACGAAAUAUUGUAGUAAACAAUGCCAAUCGAGAGCAUGGCCAGGGCAUAGAUGGUGGUGCAGGGAACGAGCAAGUAAUUAA